UGAGUCACGCCUUCAGCUCUGCAACAUCUCACACAGCUCCCAGUCCAGGCACAACACUCAGCUCCAGAGGGGCACCAGGAUAGGGAGAAGAACCACUCAUAACACCCGUACACUUGCCACUGCUUGGGGACCUUGGGAACUGAAUGGAAAAAGGCUGAAGAUGAGUCCAUUCCUUGUCCUGCUCCUUGUGUCUGGGGCUGCUCUAGGGCUCAAAGAUGAAGAUAUGCUGGAGAAAAAUGUAUCUGCUGUACCCAAGACAUUUCGAGGAAUGAAAGAGGGUGGGGACUACGAACAGCUUUCACAUAGUGUUAUGCACGGCCUGCCAGACACCACUACUAACAACAAUCCUCUUCUAAGAAUCUCCAGCCAUAAUGCCUUUAAAGUGACCAACAAACACACCAUCAAAGUCAGCAACUCAACCUUGGGGUACCUGAGCGGCAAAGUAAGCAGGGCACUGAUCCCGGCCAUUUAUAUUAUUGUUGUGCUGAUUGGAGUGCCGUGCAAUGUCAUUGUGUUGUGGAUGUUGUUCCAUCAGGUGACAUCUGUGUGCACAACUGUGCUCUAUGCCAGCUUAGCCACCUCCGACUUGCUCUAUUGCCUCAUGCUGCCCUUCAAGAUAGCUUAUCAUUUAAAUGGCAACAACUGGAUUUUUGGAGAAACCAUGUGCCGGACUAUGACCAUCUUCUUGUACUUUAACAUGUACUGCUCCAUCUUGCUUCUGAUGUGCUUUAGCAUCAAUCGAUACGUUGCCAUUGUCCAUCCGUUUAUAUACAGGAGCCUGCCUAAAGGGACCUAUACAGUGCUUUUGUGCCUACUUGUGUGUGCCAUUGUGCUGGUCUACAUGAUCCCAUUUGUCAUAUCCAGGCAAACAUAUCACUUGAAAGAGUUGAAUAUCAUAACCUGCCAUGAUGUGUACGACAUUUCCGGAGACGCAUUUCAGUUCUAUUACUUCAUAUCAAUGGUGGUCUUCGGAUUUCUGACACCGUUUUCGGUCGUGGCUUUCUGUUACUUCUCCAUCAUCAGAGCUCUCACCGCUAAUGAGCAGAAAAGGUUCUGGUAUGUGAAAAUAACCAUCCUGUUCUUCAUCAUAUUUGCACUUUGCUUCACUCCAAGCAAUUUAGUCCUGCUCAUCCACCAAGUGCGCUAUCACCACAGUCACAAUGAUGACUUCUAUGGCAUUUACCUAAUGGCUCUGUGCUUAACCAGUUUAAACAGCUGUCUGGAUCCACUUCUCUACUUUCUCAUAUACAAAAAGGUGAAUGCCUCAAAAAACUAUAACACUAUAAUGAAAAUCAAAAAUGAGACUCAAGCAAAGCUUUUACCUUCCUAACUGCUGGACUCCUCAUUGCAUAGACCAGCUAACCUGGUUCCAAGAUCUCCCACUCCACCUGCUGGUCAGAGUUGCAUUCUUGCGCAAAAACUAGAAGUGGUAGGAGCAAACCAAAAAGAGCAAAUUUAACCUAAAUGUAUUAUUGUUCAUAGAAAUAUUUAAUGGAAUAAUGAAAUUAACUUUAAGAGGUGUUUUGUGUGUGUGUGUGUGUAUAUAUAUAUAUAUAUAUAUAUAUAUAUAUAUAAACAUAUGGACAGCACCACCUUCCAUUAAGUUGCAAAGCAGCUGCCCCUGUGAACGGAGAAGCAGUGCAUAUGUCGAAAAAAAAAAAUACCAGCACCAGUGGUCUUUUUGCAUCAAAAAAGCAGUAUAUUGUGACGUUUCGGUCCCUCUUGAAAAAGGUCCCAAGAGGGACUGAAAUGUCGGUUUUACAUGCAACACAAUAUAAUGCUUUUUUGAUGCAAAAAGACCCCUGUUGCUGGUCUUUUCUUUCCCUUUCUCUCUGUAUUUAUUUUUAUUUUUGUGUUAUGUACUCAGGUUGCAUAGAAGAGAGACAUUAAAAUUUGCCAAAAUGUUGCUAUAUGUGUCAUUUUGGAGAGGUAUGGAGUUUCUAUUAAGUAACCCCCCCAUUCAUGAUUGAUUUAGAACCCACAGAUUGCUAGUCUGGGCCUGGUUCAACGAGAGGCCUGUACUUAAAAGGAAAAGUUACACCAAACUAUUAAAGUCUUUUAGGGGCAGAUUUAUCCAGGGUCGAAAUUCAAAGUUAAAAAUACUUCGAAAUUCGACCAUCGAAUUGGAAU